UAUUGAAGGAGAGGCCUGCAGGGCUUCCGAUUGUUAUUGCCCUGAGAGCCCACGAAGUGUUAUCUUGUUGCGUGUUGGCGCUUAGGCGCCCACUCCGGGUAUCUUUUCUGCCCCACGACACAAUAUCGGCCCACCUGGAAAAGAAUACACAGCGAUAAAUGAAAAAUACACAUAGAACAGCUGGGAGCCAGGGCUACAAAUCUCGUUGUUGACGAAUUCGCUGUCCUGGUACAACACGACAGCGCACCAGUCGUAUUUUCACUUGGCUGCUGAGCUAGUGUUACUUCGGAACUCACACACAUAUUGUCACACAUUUGGCUUUGGGUUGGAGCCUUGCAGCGUCAGGCCGAACACGACGACCGAGGACAGUCAUGGAUUUGCUGAUUCUGAGAACGAGAACCGUUUCAGUUCGUGUUUGUUGAAGAAGCUUUGGCUAGCUCGUCGUGUCAACAGCAUAGCGGGGUGGGGCCACAGGAGAAGGCAAUUUCGUUCUUUGUGUAGUCAAGAAGAUUACGCCUACUGUACAGUACUAGUGAAUAAAGUUGUAUAUUCUACUUUGUUCACGACGGAAAACUAGGCGAAGGUGCAAAAACCGCAAGUUACCGAGCUAUGGCAUUCUCGACGGGGGCGUCGAUCCCACUUGGGCGCGGCAGCGGCUCUGGAUCGGCGUCAUUGGGCUUGACUUCCGCGGUACGAGAUGAGAAGUAUCGUGCGAAGUAUGAUCGCGUAUCAUCUGGUCGCCGCGGCGUUCGCUUCAGUCGUGUUUCGGUAUAGCACAUCGAGACUUUGCAUGAUCUUGAAUAUGAUAAUAGAUACGAAUUUUCAUCGUGCGAUAGAAGAAAAAUGCAUUCCGAUGAAUGUGCGCCUUGGUCUUGGUGCAAGUUUGACGCAAGAAUUCUGUACAAGAAGAACUGUGAGAAUUAUGGGCACACUUGCGCUUUUCUUUUUGUUGCCAGUGGAUAAGAAAUUAAGUUUUAACGAUUUUUUUCAUUUCUCCGACCUCCGACUACUCGUAGUCAAGAAUAACAAUAAAGUGAAAGUUGACAACGAACAACACAGGACAUCUGUUCGGCGGGUAUGAUUGAGGAGACCCAGAUCCUUGCCCGAAUGAAGACGAUCUACCAGCACAAGGCAGAGAAACUAUCGAUCGAAAACAUCGCUUAUGAAAGUGCACGACUUCCUUCGGCUCCCCCCCAGCAUUUCUUUGUGGGGAUCUAGAUCAACAGAACGACCAAACUACAGUGCACGUGCUCCGUAUAGAAAUGUAGUCGAUGCCGAACAAGAGUUGUAGGUUCAGUGUCAUGCAAGCACAACCAAAAAAUGUAUCUGUAUGGCAAAACUACAAGUCAGUAAACAUCAAAAGUUGUUGAAGGGAAAAACCGCAAGACUACAAGGCAUCAAGUUGACCUCCACAUUAAGUAACUACACCAAGUUGCCAUAUCCAAAGAGACAAGUUGGAGGUCAUCUUGGUAGACCUCUACUUUGGCGGUUUGUAUUGGACGAAGAGAGGGGGAGGGCUGCGAGAAGUUAUUCAUUACUAUAUUACCGAGUCCAAGGGCAUAAGCGAGAACAUGUUGCUGGCAUGGCUAGACAAGGAACUGGAUGACGAACAUGCAUGCAUCCAGAUACCCUUCGCGUUGCUCUUAUGGCAGUGUCAGGUUGGCGGGGCUUAUCCUCGAUAGAAUAGAAGUUCCUUUGCUUCAUUUGCAUGUUGAAGUACUUUGAUCAUGCAAAGAAUAUUGCGUUUUUCCGUUGCAAGGGAAGGGCGGCGGAAGGACUGGUGUAGACCCCGUUCCUCGACGAGUCAAGUAGGGAGGGCUCUUGCUGACUAGCACCGCAAAGCCAGGAGCCCCUCUUGUCCCUAAAUAGAGCCUGCUGAAAGAUACCCUCUACUCGCGGCAGUAGGCCUUGAAAAUUGUUGUGGGCCGGAGUAGCUCGCUCCGUAUACUCGAUGUCGUCAAUUAUGCAUUUGCAUUGAAUUUGUAGCUCUCUCUUCUUCUAUUUCGCUGUUGCAUUCAUGAUUUGGGUGGGUUAGGGUUUGUAAGUAGCAUUCUCGAUAGAACCGACUUCCAUCUUGAUCGACGAGGGAUAAUUUCAUCCCACCUGACACUGUGAUGGUUUCUGGUCGCGAUUUUUGCCGCCUUGUCGGUGACCACGUUGGGUAACCAUUACGUGCAAGAUGUGCAGACCUCCAUCGAGACGUUCCUCCAUGAAAACACAAACUUCGGUUUCAACACGCACUCCGAAGCCGUGGGGCACCUAGGCAUCGGGGACAUCCAUUCUGUGCCGGACUUCUACUCCUGGCUCCGCUUAGGCUUCGUGCCGAACGUGCUGACGGACAGCUUCAUAUACAGCGAAUGGCUGCCGGAGCAGCUGCAGACCGGGCCUUCGCCCCCUACGUUGCCCACGCAGAAGCAAUACGCACCCCAGUACGAGCGCACGAGCCCCGCGCCUGCAGACCUAAUGCACUGGAGCCACAUCGUCGGAAGCGUGCGGCUAUCGUCCUGUGCAACAUACAGUAUCGCACUCCGAGAAAAUUACAUGCCGUCUUGCGUGACAGGUCAAGAUCUGCAGCUACUGUUCUGCUGUUAUCUGAAACUACAGGACAAGCUCCGUUUGCCCUGCUUUCGGAAUAAGUAUUUAUCGUGCGAAGGUUAG